UGACUUGAUUGACUCAGAGUUUAGGCCAGGCAUGAGCAAUCGCCAGAAAAAUAAGGCUAAGAGGAUGGCCAAGCUCGUGGCCAAACACAGAUCUAGAGACAUGGAUCCCAAUGAAAAGAGUAACGACAGUUUUGAGGGCGAACCCGAUGAGAAACGCCGGAAAACCACCAAUGUAGUUAUUGACCAACCGGCAACAGAAGACAAAAUCGACAACGUUUCAGAUAACUCGGGUCUUUUAGAGGAGAUACAGGAGUGGCCUCUGGAGAGCUUCUGUGAGGAGCUCUGCAACGACCUCUUCAAUCCUUCAUGGGAGAUCCGCCAUGGUGCUGGCACAGGUCUUAGAGAAAUCCUCAAGUCCCAAGGUGCUGGUGGGGGGAAGCUGGUGGGAAGCACUGCAGAGCAGAUGUUGCGGCAGCAUCAGGAGUGGAUAGAGGACCUGGUCAUCCGGCUGCUCUGCGUCUUUGCUCUGGACCGCUUUGGAGAUUUUGUAUCUGAUGAGGUGGUGGCUCCUGUCCGGGAGACGUGUGCCCAGGCCCUCGGUGUGGCCCUCCGGCACAUGAGUGAAACGGGUGUUUCCAUGAUAGUGGACGUGCUGCUGAAGCUGUUAAAAGAAGACCAGUGGGAGGUCCGUCAUGGAGGCCUGCUCGGGAUCAAGUACGCCCUGGCUGUCCGAAAGGACCUGAUCUCCGUUUUGCUGCCCCGGGUGCUCACUGCCAUCACUGAAGGCCUGCAGGACCUGGAUGAUGACGUUAGGGCCGUGGCCGCCUCCGCCCUCAUCCCUGUGGUGGAAGGCUUGGUACAGCAGCUGCCUAAUGAGGUGCCCUUCAUUGUGAACACACUAUGGGAUGCUCUUUUGGACUUGGAUGACCUCACUUCGUCCACAAACAGCAUCAUGACGUUGCUGUCUUUGCUCCUCACCUAUCCGAGGGUCCGUCUGUGCAGGGUUCCCGCGGGCUCUUAA